GUUGGACGAAAGAUCGUCACUUCCUCACUGUAGCGCUCGCGCUGCGGAAGUGUUUGAAUGUGCCAUUGAUUGCGCGAGACCAGGCAGAGGCAGCGCGCGAUCCACGCUGCACGAGCUGAUCGAUAGGCCUCUGUGCGCGGCAUGUGAUGGAGUGGCAGCCGGAUGAACAAGGCCUCCAGCAGGUCCUGCAUCUCCUGAAAGACUCGCAGUCUCCAAACACGACCACACAGCGAGCUGUGCAGGAGAAACUGGAGCAGCUGAACCAGUUUCCUGAUUUCAACAACUAUCUUAUCUUUGUCCUGACGAGGCUGAAAACUGAAGAUGAGCCCACUCGAUCUCUCAGCGGUCUGAUACUGAAGAACAACGUGAAGGUUCACUAUCAGAACUUCCCUCCUGCGGUUGCACACUUCAUCAAGCAGGAAUGUUUAAACAACAUCGGAGACCCUUCCCCUCUCAUCCGCGCCACGAUCGGUAUCCUCAUCACAACGAUUUCCACCAAAGGGGAGCUGCAGACGUGGCCAGAGUUACUGCCUCAGCUGUGCAACAUGCUCAGUUCAGAGGACUACAACAUCUGUGAGGGCUCGUUUGGAGCUUUACAGAAGAUCUGCGAGGACUCGUCUGAGCUCCUGGACAGUGACGCUCUCAACCGACCCCUCAACAUCAUGAUCCCCAAGUUCCUGCAGUUCUUCAAACACUGCAGCCCCAAGAUCAGGUCUCAUGCAGUUGCCUGUGUGAACCAGUUUAUCAUCGGAAGAGCACAAGCCCUGAUGGACAACAUCGACACCUUUAUUGAGAGUCUGUUUGUGCUGGCUGCAGAUGAGGAGUCAGAGGUGCGGAAGAACGUGUGCAGGGCUCUGGUCAUGCUGCUGGAGGUGCGAGUGGACCGACUCAUCCCUCACAUGCGCAGUAUCGUAGAGUACAUGCUGCAGCGCACACAGGACCCGGAUGAGAAUGUGGCUCUGGAGGCCUGUGAGUUCUGGCUUACGCUGGCUGAGCAGCCCAUCUGUAAGGACGUCCUGUCUGGACAUCUUGCACAACUGGUUCCUGUUCUGGUGAACGGGAUGAAGUACUCGGAGAUUGACAUCAUUUUGUUAAAGGGUGACGUGGAGGAAGACGAGGCCGUGCCGGACAAUGAGCAGGACAUAAAGCCACGCUUUCACAAGUCUCGUACAGUCACCCUUCGGCACGAGGGUGAUGAAGGCGAGGAAGGAGAGGAGAGUGAUGAGGAUGAUGACGAUGACGAUGACAGUCUGUCCGACUGGAAUCUACGUAAGUGUUCAGCGGCUGCUCUUGAUGUCCUGGCAAACGUGUUUCGGGAUGAGUUGCUGCCACACCUGCUUCCAGUGCUGAAGGAGCUGCUGUUCCACCCGGACUGGGUGGUUAAAGAGUCUGGCAUCCUGGUGCUGGGAGCCAUCGCUGAAGGCUGUAUGCAGGAUAUGGUCCUGUACCUGCCGGAGUUGAUUCCUCACCUGAUCCAGUGUCUGAGUGAUAAGAAAGCACUGGUCCGCUCCAUCGCCUGCUGGACUCUGAGCCGCUAUGCACACUGGGUGGUCAGCCAGCCGCCGGACUCCUAUCUCAAACCCCUCAUGACCGAGCUGCUCAAACGAAUCCUCGACAGCAACAAGAGGGUUCAAGAGGCGGCCUGCAGUGCGUUUGCGACUCUGGAAGAGGAGGCCUGUACAGAGCUGGUGCCCUACUUGAGCUUCAUUCUGGACACACUGGUGUUUGCCUUCAGCAAGUACCAGCACAAGAACCUGUUGAUCCUCUACGACGCCAUCGGGACCCUCGCUGACUCUGUCGGACACCAUCUUAACCAGCCGGAAUACAUCCAGAAGCUCAUGCCCCCUCUUAUUCAGAAGUGGAAUGAGUUAAAAGAUGAAGACAAGGAUCUGUUCCCUUUGCUGGAGUGCCUGUCUUCGGUGGCCACAGCACUACAGAGCGGCUUCCUGCCCUACUGUGAACCAGUUUACCAGCGCUGCGUCACCCUGGUGCAGAAGAACCUCGCUCAAGCCAUGAUGUAUAACCAGCACCCUGACCAGUACGAGGCCCCUGAUAAAGACUUCAUGAUCGUGGCCCUUGAUCUGCUCAGCGGUCUGGCCGAGGGACUCGGAGCUCAUGUAGAACAGCUGGUCACACGCAGCAACAUCAUGACCCUGCUCUUCCAGUGCAUGCAGGACACCAUGCCGGAAGUGCGUCAGAGUUCGUUCGCUCUGCUGGGAGACCUGACUAAGGCGUGUUUUCUUCAUGUGAAGCCCUGCAUUGCUGAGCUCAUGCCUGUCCUGGGACUCAACCUCAACCCAGAGUUCAUAUCUGUGUGUAACAAUGCCACAUGGGCCAUCGGAGAGAUCGCCAUGCAGAUGGGUAUGGAGAUGCAGCCAUUUGUGGCCUUGGUUCUCAAUAACCUUGUGGAGAUCAUCAACAGACCAAAUACACCCAAAACUCUGCUGGAGAACACGGCCAUUACGAUUGGUCGGCUCGGAUAUGUGUGUCCACAGGAAGUUGCCCCCAUGUUGCCACAGUUCAUUCGCCCCUGGUGCACAUCACUUAGAAACAUUCGGGACAAUGAAGAGAAAGACUCUGCCUUCAGGGGCAUUUGUGUAAUGAUUGGGGUAAAUCCUGGAGGGGUUGUACAGGACUUCAUCUUUUUCUGUGACGCUGUGGCCUCUUGGGUGACUCCAAAAGAUGAUUUGAGAGACAUGUUCUACAAGAUUUUGCACGGCUUCAAGGAUCAGGUCGGUGAGGAUAACUGGCAGCAGUUCUCUGAACAGUUUCCUCCGCUGCUGAAGGAGAGGCUUUCGGCCUGCUAUGGUGUGUAGACGCCACCCCAGCUGACAUGGGAACCAACUAUUAGGUCAAAUCUACGGGAGGGUUACUGGGGAGCUCAUCCAUGUCUGUUUGUGGGAACUACCUGCUGUUAGAGCCAAAGACGUGUGACUGUUUGUCAUCUGGAGCGAUCCCGCUUCCUCCAGCUCUGCGAAAGAGGAUUUGAAAGAGCGUUAAUGUGAAAUCAACCUUUUUUUACGGUCACUGUUUGGCUUCUGACUCGCUCAGAAUGGGAAUGAAUCGUGAAGCUCAGGGAUCUUGAAUUGGGAGGGAGGGAUCGUUCAGGCGAGAUUCACCAGCUGCUUAUUGGACAAAAACGAUGCCAUUCAAUAGUCCAGCCUUAGCCAAGCCUGGCUUCUCGGCUAGAUGCCAAAAGCACACACACAACAUCUGCUACAAGUGGCAGACUGUGCCUGAACAACAUGUUUUCUUAAAGCUACAGGUCACCCAAAAAUGAAAAGUUUCACCCUCAUGUCAAUCAAAACAAGUAUAUAUCUUUAAGAUGUUAAAUGGCGCAAUCGUUCUUUUACAUACAUAACAAAAAGUGCAUUAUAGUGCUGCUGAUAGGACAAUUUUAGGACAUUUUUUUUUUUUUGAGACUGGCUAAAAUGUAGUUAUUCACUAAAAGUCUCAGUAUUAUUUUGUGAUGUACACAGCAUAGGUUUUUCUUACAGAGUCACUUCAUGGAGAAUUUUCAUUUUUGGGUGUACCGUCACUUUAAAAGUUGUUCGUUUAACUGGUAAUUUAAUAUGUUUAUAGGGUUGGCUCAUGAGCGAAGCAUGCAAUCAUUAUGACAUAAGUACAUAUUUCUGCAUUUUCUGCCUGCUUAAUUACUUUCCACAACUCCAGAUUACAUCAAGCUAUAUUUUCAUUCCAUGAAGAAACUGCUUAUUUCAUUUAUUGCUGAUAAUUCUGCUGCAGCCUGUAAAGAAACCAUAAUAGAAUUGCUGAUUUUCUGUUCACGUAAUGCUUCCUCUUUUUGCUUAACUGAAACGUGCAUAGCACGAAGGGCACUGAGGUUUCUUGAUAAAGUAAUCCUUUUCCCCAAUUGAUCGCUGUAGUCUGUAUUUAAGCAUUAUUUUUAUUCCUUUUGUGUUGCAAACAUACUGUUAAGAUUGAUUUCAGAAAGCCUGCACCAAGAAUUCACUGUAGAGAUCGAGUUGUUUGCCUCUGCUGUUUUUAAAAUGAAUUCUAGGGAGUUAAUAACUAAAAUGCUUUAGGAACUUUAGUUAGUGUUAUUGAUAUGCACUUUCUCUUAUAAGGACUGUGUGUUGUUCCCCCUCAAACACGGGAAUCUAGUGAAGUUAUGAAGGCUGUUUUUGUACAUGGUAAUCUAAUUAAUUACCAUGAGAGAAACAGCUUUUUCUUUAAUGAACUUAACUUUAACACGGAGUAUAAUUUUAGCAAAGCAAACUAAUCUGCGGUAAUAGCAUGUAAUUUGGGAAGAUUGUCCAGUCUCCAGGAGGACAGUGUUGGUGAGUCCCGCUUAACUUAAAAUAGAAAAUGACAUAAGAAUAAAUGCAAUUUGAAGUACGUCAUUCUAUGUUGAUGGGGCUUGGAAUUUAGAAAAGGUUUCCCAGGUUUUUAGUUGUUUUGAUCAUGUUUUAACUGUUGUGCUUUUAAAUGCCUGUUUAAGCAAUAUGCAUGUUCAUCCCUAUCAAUGGCAGUUGCAUCUUAAGGUUUCUUCUCUCAUCAUUAAACACUAGCUCUGACAAUCUCAUUUUUAAAAUCUAUACAUAUUUGUAAGCUGCUCCACCGUGUAGGGUUUUUAGUUUUUAACAUUUUAGAUGUAUUUCACAGAUUUGGUAAGCAACCCUGUUAGACAUUUAAUUCAAAAGAACAAGGUUAACCUUAAAAACAAAGGCAAAGUUGUGUAGUCUGAUUAUAAAAUCAUGCUGUAUUUAUAAAUAUUUGGAAUUGGUUAUCUAAAACUGUCAACUGAAAAAAACUCAGUUUCUAAAUGAUUAAUGCACUGAUGCAUUUGUUCCUGUUACUGUAAUAACAAUAUGCUGCCAAGCAGACCUGUGUUCAAACAAAACCCUAUCAUUUUGUUUUAGUUUUUUUUUUUACUUUUUUAAUUUUAUUUAAAAUUGUUUUAAGUAUUUUUGUUUAAGUGUUUAAUAUACUUUUGUUUAAUAUAUUUUGUUUUGUGCACAUGCACAAAGAUUUUUUUUAGACUUUAAAAGUUUUUCCUUUUUGCUUUCUUUUUGUUUUAAAGAAUUUUAUUUGAUUUAAUUUAGACAUUUUGCGAUGGAGAAAUGCAUUUAGCUUAUGAUUUUCAGAAAGUCUGCUGAAGCAUUAUUA